AUGUUCUCUACUUUUACUAGAACUGCCACCAAGUCCAGGCUUCCAUCCCUUCUCAGACUCCAAUCUACUUUCAAGAUUCCUGAGAAACAGAUGGGUGUUAUCUUUUACAAGCACGGUGGACCAUUGGAAUACAAGGAACUUCCAGUUCCAAAACCAAAGGCAAAUGAAAUCUUGAUUAAUGUCAAGUACUCUGGUGUCUGUCACACAGAUUUGCACGCAUGGAAGGGUGAUUGGCCAUUACCAGCCAAGCUUCCUUUGGUUGGUGGUCACGAAGGUGCUGGUGUUGUUGUUGCCAAAGGUUCUGCUGUCACGAACUUUGAGCUCGGUGAUCUUGCCGGUAUCAAAUGGUUGAAUGGUUCUUGUAUGUCUUGUGAAUACUGCGAGAACGGUGAUGAGCCAAACUGUGCCAAGGCUGAUUUGUCUGGUUAUACUCAUGAUGGUUCUUUCCAACAGUAUGCCACCGCUGAUGCCCUUCAAGCUGCUCAUAUUUCUGAGGGUACUGAUCUCGCUCAGGUUGCCCCAAUAUUGUGUGCAGGUGUCACUGUCUACAAGGCUUUGAAAACCGCAGAUUUGAAGGCUGGCCAAUGGGUUGCCAUUUCCGGUGCUGCCGGUGGCCUAGGUUCUUUGGCAGUUCAAUACGCCAAGGCUAUGGGUUUGAGAGUUUUAGGUAUCGAUGGAGGUGAUGCCAAGAAGGAAUUAUUCCGUUCUGUUGGUGGUGAUGUCUUUAUUGACUUCAAGAACUACUCCAAGAAUGAGACCGAGAAGAUGAACGAGGAUAUUAGAAAGGCCACCAAUGGUAUGGGACCACAUGGUGUUAUAAACGUCUCUGUUUCUGAGUCUGCUAUUACACAAUCUACUCAGUAUGUCAGACCUACCGGUAAAGUUGUGUUAGUGGGUAUGCCAUCUGGCGCCGUCUGCAAGUCUGAUGUCUUCAAUCAUGUUGUUAAGUCCAUUCAGAUUAGAGGUUCUUACGUUGGAAACAGAGCCGAUACCAGAGAGGCAUUACAAUUCUUCUCUGCUGGUCAGGUUAAGUCUCCUAUCAAGAUUGUUGGAUUGUCUGAGAUUGCAAAGGUUUAUGAGCUUAUGGAACAAGGCAAGAUCUUGGGAAGAUAUGUUGUUGACAAUAGUUACUAA